GAGCACAGCGCAGAAUGUGUCUGGGAUGCAACCAGUAGUUUAGACAGACUGCUGUGAAGAAGUUGCGCAUCACUGACGGAUUCCAGCGCCUGGAAAACCGCUGAAAGUCACGUCUUCCUUUUCCCAGAACUAAAUGGCUCGGAUUUACAACCGAUAUAACAUAUGUAGAUGAGUGAUUCGAUAUUCUAAGCGUUUUAGAAAUGCAAGCGAUCGCCCGGAUUUAAAUUCAGACGUGUAACGCUCAAGCAGCCAUGCAUUUCUGUAGCUCUCUGGGCUCUAUGCUCCUCGUCCUUUUCAUCAGCAGGAGCAUGGAUGGCUCUGUCACCAACACAGAGGAGAUCUUGCCUCCUACCAUUCAGAAACUGAUGAAGGGAUACAACAAGUACCUUAGGCCAUUCUUUGGCAAUGGGCCUGUUACUGUAGGAAUGAGUCUGGAUAUCGCCAGCAUAGACACCAUAUCAGAAAUCAACAUGGAUUACACGGCCACCAUCUUUCUUCGUCAGCGCUGGACAGACGAACGCUUGUGUUUUGAUGGCAAUAAGAGCUUGAGUCUGGAUGGGAGACUGGUAGAGCUCCUUUGGGUCCCUGAUACGUUCAUUGUGGAUUCCAAGAAAUCCUUCCUGCAUGACAUCACUGUCGAAAACAGACUGAUCCGGAUAUUCCCCAACGGAACUGUGCUGUAUGCCCUGAGAAUUACCACUACGGUGGCCUGCAAUAUGGAUCUAACCAAAUAUCCCAUGGACAGACAGACGUGCACCCUUCAACUUGAAAGCUGGGGAUAUAAUGUGAAAGAUGUGGUUUUCUAUUGGACACGAGGAAACCAGUCAGUUAGCGGUCUUGAUCAUUUACAUCUGGCUCAGUACACCCUUGAGGAUCACUACACCUCUGAAUCUGAAGCCGUUUAUGAGACUGGUAAUUACCCAAAGUUGAUUUUCCACUUCAAACUCAAGAGGAGCAUCUUAUAUUUCAUUCUGGAGACAUACGUGCCUUCCAGUGCUCUUGUGGUCCUGUCCUGGGUCUCAUUCUGGAUCAGUCAAUCUUCAGUACCUGCUCGCAUCUGCAUAGGAGUGACCACAGUCUUAACUAUGACCACCCUGAUGAUGGGAGCCCGCACCUCUUUACCCAAUGCCAACUGCUUCAUCAAAGCCAUUGAUGUGUAUCUGGGCAUCUGCUUCAGCUUUAUCUUUGGCGCUCUGAUUGAAUACGCAGUUGCACAUUUCUGCACGUUACACCAGCCAAACGCUGCCAAUGCAUAUAUGUAUGGCCAGGAAAUGCAGGAGCGUGAGAAUGAGAUGAACGGCAUCGUCAACUCCAUUGGCAGCCACGCUUUGCGGGCCCGUAAACGUGAGGAGAUGCUGUCCCGAAUGGGUAGCGCUAGCAACCCCACCCCCAGUGAGAGUAAGGAGGAGAUCAGCUCUUCGCAGCCACAGACCCGCUGCACCAAGUGCAUGUCGACGGCACGCCAAAUCGUACGCUGUCUGUACUGCUGCAAAGUGGAAAACCCACACUACAUCGACAACUACUCAAGGCGGACCUUCCCCCUCUCCUUCAUCAUGAUCAACCUCCUCUACUGGACAUACUACUUGUACUUCUAAAGCUCCUGCCGUCUGUGUGUCGAGGGGUCUAUAGUAAUGUACUGUACUGCACUGUAUGUGUUUCCCUUUUUGUGUCACAGUUUACCUAAGGGUUUUUACUCUUACAUGUCAGCAUGCAUUUCAGUUCAACUCGAGUAUGACUGU